AGAGCGAGCGGCGGGCCAAUGAAAGGCGAUGUUGUUGCGCGGCUCGCUGGCAGCGGGGACGGUGAGUCUCCUUGGGGCUGUCCCUGCCCGCGGCCUGCUUGCUGUGCGCCGGGCGAAGAUGGGCGGCGGCGGGAGCAGCACCCGGAGGGUCACCUUCGAGGCGGAUGAGAAUGAGAACAUCACGGUGGUGAAGGGCGUGAGGCUGUCGGACAGUGUCAUUGAUCGUAUGAAGGAACCUUCUUCAGCCAGUGGAAGAUCACAGCACCGAUCAGCAUCUGGUGCAGUUAAUGAUGAAGAGCUAAAGAAAAGAAUAGCUGAAGAGCUGGCGUUAGAACGAGCCAGGAGAGACUCUGAAGCUCAGAAGAGAAGGUUGAAACAAGAGCAGAUGUACGUACGUGAUGAGUUUGGCAAACUUCUGGAACGAGAAAGGAUUUCUUCCAAUGAACAUUUGACUCGAGCCAUCCUUCGCGAGAGAGCUGCGACGGAAGAGGAGCGUCAGAAGGCACAACGAUUUGAUAUAGAAAAAAAGGCCAGGCAGCUGGAAGAGAAAGAGAGAGAACUGAAGAAGCAUGAUGCCUACUACAAAGAGCAGCUGGCUCGACUGGAAGAAAGGAGCGCUCAGUUCUACAAAGUUACCACGGAGCAAUACCAAAAGGCUGCUGAUGAAGUGUCAUCUCGAUUCAAGCGAUACGAGUCUCACCCGAUCUGUGGUGAUCUGCAGGAGAAAAUUCUACAGUGUUACCAACAGCAUGCUCAGGAGACCCUCAGCUGCUCUGCCCUGGCCAGCCAGUACCUGCACUGUGUCAAUCAUGCCAAACAGCAGAGCAUGCUUGGGAGAGGAGGAUAAAGGCAUCAUCCAAAUCAAGCACAAGACCAUCAACUCUAAUUUCAGCAGAAGAGCAUUUUUUCCCCAAAAAAAUGAUAUGACAGCCCAUUUCCAGGGCAGGCCAAUAAAGAGAAGAAUGGGAAGAAGCAUUUGAAGAGCAGCAGCCACCACGGCUCAAUCAGUGUGACCGUUUGAAAAGCCGAGACCUGUAUCCUAUUCCAUCACAAAGCACACAGCCCAAGAUCCUGUUCAGUCUUAGUAAAAUCCACUUAUUGGUGAUUGAAGGAAGGAAAAGAAAAGAGCCUUUCACUGACCUCAGUAGGGAGAAAUAUCCUUCAAACGCUGCUAUUUCCUCACUGCCAAAAGCACGGGUAUGUAACACUCGCUGUGGUGGGACUUUGUGAGCAAGUCAGCUGCUGCUCCGUGGUGUGCUGUACUCCUUGCUCAGGUUAAAGUUUCCCUCUAAUGACAAACUAAAUCGUGUUCUAACUUAUUGCACAGAUUAUGUCACUUACCAGAGUCUCUCUCCAGGCCUUCUGCUGGAAUGAUGUUAAUGAUCCAACAUUCAGUUGUAACACGGCCUUUAUUUACCUGAAAUUAUUCUGUUGUGCUCCUCACUCCUCUAUCAAGUACUGAUGAAAAUGCCUCUCUCUGUACCAACAAUAAAUAUAUUUUAUGAACAAGA